CUAAAGCGAGAAGUCUAUUCACACACAGGCUGUGACACCUUUUUUGACUUUCAAACCUUAGAAGUUAGAACCCGCCGAACACCAUCUUCCUCCUACAAGUCUUCCAUCGAUUUCCAGUACAAAUAUUCAAGAUUUCCCCAAAUUUUCCCAUCUAAAGUCUUUUCUCUCUACUUCUCUGCCUGUAAUUCAGAUUUUUCUUUUUGCGCCAAGGGUUUGUUUCAGACAUGGCCGCCCCCACCAGCAAGGAUGAGAAACCGAGUGCCGGCGGUGGCUUCUUCUCCUCCAUAGCUUCAACCAUCUCCAGUUUCGGCUCCGCCAUGACCAAAUCUGUUAAUGGCUUCCUAGGUUAUGAAGGCCUGGAAGUUGUAAAUCCUGAUGGAGGCACUGAAGAUGCUGCGACAGAAGCCCAGAAGGGAAGAUGGAAGCAGGAGGAUCGUGACAAUUACUGGAAGGUGAUGCAAAAGUAUAUAGGUGCUGAUGUCACCUCACUCGUAUCGUUGCCCGUUAUCAUCUGCGAACCUAUGACAAAUCUUCAGAAAAUGGCAGAGUUGAUGGAAUACUCGUACCUCCUAAAAUUGGCAGAUGAAUGUGAAGACCCGCAUAUGAAACUAGUGUAUGCAGCUUCCUGGUUUAUUUCCUUGUACUAUGCCAUCCAGCGAACAUGGAAGCCGUUUAAUCCUAUUCUUGGUGAAACUUAUGAAAUGGUUAACCACGAUGGAAUUAGGUUUAUUGCAGAGCAGGUAAGUCAUCACCCUCCAAUAGGUGCUGCACAUGCAGAAAAUGAACACUUCACAUAUGAUAUAACUUCAAAGGUGAAGACCAAGUUUUUAGGAAACUCGGUUGAUGUUUAUCCACUUGGCAGGACAAGGCUGACCCUCAAAAAGCACGGUGUUGUCCUAGACUUGGUGCCCCCUCCUACAAAAGCCAACAAUCUUAUAUUUGGACGUACUUGGAUUGAUUCAGCUGGAGAGAUGAUUCUGACAAACUUGACCACCGGGGAUAAAGUUCUACUGUAUUUUCAACCUUGCGGUUGGUUUGGUGCUGGUCGAUAUGAAGUGGAUGGAUAUGUAUACAAUGCUGAUGAAGAACCUAAAAUUUUGAUGAGUGGAAAGUGGAAUGAAUUUAUGAGUUUUCAACCUUGUGAUUCUGAAGGAGAACCCCUUCCGGGAACUGAAAUGAAAGAGGUUUGGAGAGCCGCCGAUGCUCCACAAAACGAUAAAUUCCAAUAUACAUAUUUUGCCCACAAGAUCAACAGUUUUGACACUGCACCCAAAAAGUUACUGGCAUCUGACUCUCGCUUGAGGCCCGAUCGAUGUGCACUUGAGAAGGGUGACCUAUCCAAAGCUGGCGCUGAAAAGAGCAGCUUGGAGGAGAGGCAGAGAGCCGAAAAGAGAAUGAGAGAGGCGAAGGGAGACGAGUAUAAACCAAAAUGGUUUGAUUUAACAACCGAAAUUUCCCCCACUCCUUGGGGCGAGCUGGAAGUGUAUCGCUACAAUGGGAAGUAUGAUGAACACCGAGCCGCUAUUGAGAACUCAGAUUGCGUUGUAGAAGAUGUUAAAGCCGAGUCGACAGAGUUCAACCCAUGGCAGUAUGAAGACUCUGUUGUUGCUGCAUAAUGCCCUUAUCAUCUUCUCAUUGUGUCUCAUAGAUACUUGUUAUUUUUUAUUUUUAUUUUUAUAUUUCCUUGUUCAUCUUAUAUUAUAGGCUUCAGUUCUUUUAGUUUCUGCAUUAAUUAUACAUUUUGAAGUGAGACUGAUGUAUAUAAAUAUCUUUUUAUAUUUAUAUUGUA